AAACUUUUUACCAUUCAUACUUCAUGUAAGCCACCGACAUAAAUUCAUCAUAUGUAGCGCAUGUUUUAAUUCGUCGAAUAUAAAUGCCCCCGUGUGCCGUUGUGGUUUGUUAAGGCCGAGAAGGAGGAGUUAGAGAGAGGAGUGAGGAGACAAGGGCGAGGUAGCGCGGCGGCCGCCCGGAGCUUCCUUGUUUACCUUCCCCAGAGCUGGUUGUCCCGAGCGCCUCCAUCACUCCCUUCACCAACCUCCCACCUUAAGAGCUUUCACAUUUUCAUUAUGGAAGAUGGAGAGGAAGGAGCCACUGUCGAUAGUACCACCAGUAUCAAUGGAAAUAUCUCCAAACCAAAAGUUUUCAGGGAUGACCUUCGAAAUUUUCGUAUGGACAAGGAUGAAGCAAAUAAAAAUCAAGUGUCUCUUUUGAGGUAUUUUCGUACUGAAGAGAGAAAAUCUCACGGGAAGGAGAAUUCUAAAGAAUCGCCCACAAGGGAAAGCUCUACAGAUUCUGAUGACAGUGCUGAGGAGUCAACUAGUCCAGUUUUAAAAUCUAGAAUUCCAAGUAAGAAGUUCCGUGUUGGUUCUUCUAGCGAUUCUCCCCUAACACCAAAAGCUCGAAAACCCUCAACAAUUACACUAAUAAAUAAACCAUCGACUAUUGUUUCAUUUCUUCAUUCGGGUGCCUUAGCCAAGGCAAAAAGAUUGGACCAAUGUAAGCAGCUAUCAAAGGAUGCAGAUUCAAGUGACGAGGAAAUCUCAGCACAGCAGAGAAACGCCGAUAAUAAUGAAGAUCUGAGUGGAGACACAAGCUCUGUAUCGCUGAGAAAUUUUAAAAAACAUUUGAAUGAUUCGAAUAACAAGUCCACAGUGAGAACAGCCAGUACUAGCUUACCUUAUAAGAAGAACAUUGUUGUGAAAGCAUCUGAAGUCGUAACUCAUUCUACAUUAUCCAAACCCGUUUUUGUUGAUGCUCCAAGUCCAGAUUCAAAGGAUGAUGACGAUGAAGAUAGUAAUGAGGAAUCCUCUAAUUCUGAUGAUGAAUCAUCGUCUGACAGCCCCUUGGGUGGCAUGUCUAUGAAACUGCUGAUCAACAAGACAUCACCUUCAAAGGUGUCCGUAAAUUGCUCCGAUGUUGAACAAGAUAGCCAGGACAGCCCAGUCAUCCGAACAAAGGUUGCCAAGCGCGUGCGAUUUUUGGCAUCAAGUGAUGAGGAUGAAGACCUUAUACCUCCAGCUAAGAAACAGCAGUUAAAUGGUCAUGAUAGUGCCUCAGAAGACUCAAGUAUGCCGGAUGAGGGUAUUAUUGAAAAGUUUAUAGAUAUGUGGGAAAAGGUCUAUCCAUUUGUAGAUAAAAUGGAUGUCUUGGAUAUAUAUAGACAAAAUGAUUGGGAUGCUAAACUUACAAUGGAACAGUUAGAAAAAACUAAUAGGAAAAACAAAGACAAGCACAAACUUAAAAAAAUGGGUGAAGAGAUGGCUAAGAAAAGGGAAUUAGCUGAGCAGAGAGUGGAAAAGAAGAAGCAGAAAGUGGCUGAGAAAGAAUUGGCAUCAAUGGCAAGAACAGCAAUGAAAGAGAAGUUGAAAGCCCGAAAGCAAGCAUGGAAAGGUAAGGCAGUUUCAAGAAAUGACGAUCAGGACAUGGAGGAGGAUGAGGACGACUAUCAUUUUGGAGGAUCUAAAGUAUAUGACAGUGAGGAUGAUGAAUCUGGUGGUGAAGAGGACCCGAAAAAAACUGGAGAUCGUCAUUUGGUACUAAAGUUCUUUAACGAAGCUUCUGUGGGUGAACUCGCUGCCAUUGGUGGCUGUUCCAGAAAGAAGGCAGAAGUCAUCGCACAAAUCCGACCCUUCAAAGACUGGACAGAUAUUGUUUACAAGUUCCAGACAGAGAAAUUCAUUAGUGCUGAACUCUUGAAUGAAGCAAAGACAGUUUUACAUGUAAGGAAUACAGUGCAGAAGCUCAUGAAGAGAUGUGAAACUAUUGCCAAUAACAUGCAAAGCAUUGUGUCCAGAAUUGUUAGUGGGGAGGAGGAUGCAGGAAUCAGCAAGCAACCCACGAGUCUUAAUCCAUCGAUGCAGUUGAAAAGCUACCAGUUGAUUGGCCUCAACUGGUUAGUGCUAAUGCAUGAACAAGGAUUGAAUGGUGUUUUGGCCGAUGAGAUGGGGCUUGGCAAGACAGUUCAGGCUAUAUCAUUCCUUUCUCACAUUAAAGAAGCAGAAAAUCCUGAUGAAAUUAGUCUCAUCAUUGUUCCAUCAUCUACAUUAGACAACUGGGCUCGAGAGCUGGAGUUAUGGUGCCCUUCUCUUGAGGUUCUGCAGUAUCACGGGUCUCAGGAUGAGCGACGAGCCAUUAGAUGUGCGAUCAUGAACAAUAAUUUGGAGGAGGAACCAGAUGUCAUCCUCACCACUUACAACAUGGUGAGCACCAGUGCGGAGGACAAAGCCCUCUUCAAAAAACUGAGGUUCCACACUGUUGUGUUGGAUGAGGCGCACAUGCUCAAGAACAUGGCUUCUCAACGGUAUGAAAACCUCAUGAAAAUCAAGGCACUGCGUCGUGUCUUAUUGACUGGUACCCCUCUGCAGAAUAACUUGGUUGAGCUCAUGUCUAUACUAAUCUAUGUGAUGCCUCAACUGUUUGACAGUAAAAAAGAAGAAUUAAAACGAGUAUUCUCCAUGUUUCCAAAGGGAGACGGAGGUGGUAAAGGAAAGUUUGAAAGAGAGAGAAUCGAGCAAGCAAAGCGUAUCAUGAAACCCUUCUUCUUAAGACGAUUGAAGUGUGAUGUUUUAAAGGACUUGCCACCCAAACAUGAUGAAAUUAUACACGUUCCAAUGUCAAAACGGCAGCAGAAGAUUUACUCGGACACGGUGCUCGUUUUGAGUAAAAGAGCACAGCAGCAUCAAUUAGAUCUGGAAAAACUAAACUUAAAGGAGUUAACAGAAAUAGAUGAUGGAGAGGCCACUGGAGACACAAAAAAGAAGAAAGAUAGAGAUGGCAGUAGCAACAUGGUAACAACUCUUCGCAAGAUUGCCAACCAUCCUUUAUUAAUAAGAAAAUAUUACGACGACAACAAGGUAAAGGAGAUAGCCAAGAUUCUAAAGAAAACCACCCACCUGGAGUCUAUAUUAGAGUAUAUCAUAGAGGACUUUUCUGUCAUGUCUGAUUUUGAAAUACAUACAACUUGUGACAUCUAUAAGCCCAUCAAGCAUCACCGCCUUCCAGAAGAGAUUCUUCUCAGUUCAGGCAAAUUUGAGCAACUAGAUGUUCUACUCCCUAAGCUUAAGGAAGAAGGCUCACGGGUAUUGAUAUUUUCUCAAUUUGUGAUACUACUCAACAUCCUAGAGCAGUAUAUUAUUCUUCGAGGCCACAAAUACCUUAGAUUUGAUGGCACUACACAAGUAGCUGAGAGACAAGACCUAAUUGAUCAGUUCACGGAAGAAGACGACAUCUUUGUUUUCCUCCUGUCAACAAGGGCAGGCGGACUGGGUAUUAAUCUAACUGCUGCAGACACAGUUAUUAUUCACGACAUAGAUUUCAAUCCAUAUAAUGAUAAACAAGCUGAAGAUCGAUGCCAUAGGGUGGGACAAACUAGGCCUGUGAGGAUUAUCAGACUGGUGAGCAAGGAUACUAUAGAGGAUGGCAUGCUGCAAAUUGCUCAGGAUAAACUGCAGCUGGAAAGAGAUGUCACAGGCCUUGAAGAUGACCAGCAGAAGAAAAGUGAUGUAGUAACGCUUCUAAAGGCUGCUUUAGGCUUAGUGAAGACAGAUGGACAGAGUAGUUCAUUAGCAUCUACAAGUGAAAGUGAGCCAUUGUAGUUGUUUGAAGUAUUAGCUAUCACGUCAAAUAAUGGAUCAUCAUUGUCACUUGGAAAAUUGCCUUACAAUAUUGAAGUCAGGUGUCAGAAAGCAAUUUAAGCAUUAUUUAUAUUCUUUUAUGUUAAUGGCACCGUGGAAUAAAUUUUUGCAGUGUGAAGGAUGCAUAAACAGUAUUGCACUCGAAUCUUCGUUCUCUUCACCAUAUAGCACAAGGAAUUAAAUUAUUUAUUUUGUCAAGCAAAUUGCUUUAGUAAUUCAUGUUUAAAAUUUUUGCUAUGUCUUAUUAGUUUUGUUAUGAAAAGUAGAUGAUGUUAAAAUAUGUUUGUACAGUAUAUAUAUAGUUUUUUACUUGUUUAGCACUCUCUUUCCUACAACAUAAGAGUGUAAAUUAUUUGGCCUCCUUCCCUCUAGCAGUGCCUCAAUAGUACUGCUUCAUCUACUCCCACAUGUUAAUGCCACUCAGACCGACACGCAGGGAAACCUCACUACUACUCAACACUGUUAUGUCUGUGUGUGUGUUGUGUCAUCUUAAUAACUCCCAGUCCAAAUUUAUUAUAAAUUAAAAAAUAAGGUCAGUAUUGUCUAUAGUGCUUUUAAUCUUAGGUUGAACAUGUCCAAAUAAAUCUGAAACUGUUUUCAACCGCAGUGUAUUUCUACUUUAGAAAAUGAUAAAACAGUACUAUUAAGUCUUUCCAACACUUUAGAAGGAAUUGAUUGUUCUCAUUCUGUGGCAACACUGACCCUGAUGAGAUUGUUGGUUGUAAACCAUUUAGGUUCACUCACAGUCAAGUGGAAGAUUUAGUAGAUUCAUAACUGUUUAAUUAGUUUUCUGAGUUGUUAAUUAUUUACACAAUCACAGUGAUUGGCAGUUAUGUUACUUUUCAUGAGUUGUAUAUAAAGUAUGAAUUUAAGUGUUGAAUGGUUGAUAUGUUUUUGUUGUCCUAAUGCUACUUAACCAUGAAUGUAUUGGGAGGAUAAAUCUAGACCCCCCUCCCCCUUCCCGUCCUGCCAACCCCAUGACCCAGCAUACAUCACAAGGGGGUAGCUGUGAACCCAGACUUGCCCGUCGUAAUAGCAAGGUUUCCCAGUGUUCGUUCUCUACUCUUCCAUAUGUUGUUCAGUAGCAAUUGCCAUGUCCAUCAACACUUUUAAUCAGUAUUUUUUUACCUAAACAAUGUUUAUUUGUAAGCAAAGGGAUUGUAAGAUUAAUUUGAGUAGAGAUUUGUAAUGUUUCUAUUAAUUAAAAUAUUUUGUUUCA